AUGAUCACACCAGUACCCAUCCCGUCAGACAACUACAGCUAUGUGGUAAUUGACACCACAUCAAAUCUUGCUGUUGUGGUGGACCCCGCCAACACCCAGCCUGUUCAGGCAUGCCUAGAGGAAGAGUGGGUGAUGUUCAAGCUGUUCUCUGCACAAACAAACAUUGGGAGAAUGUUUGAGGGUAAUGCCCCAACUAUGUUGUCAUCUCUAGACACAGUGGGAUCACUAAACAAUGACCCUCUGCUUUGGCCUGGACAUGAGUAUGCAGAAGAUAACCUGCUGUUUGCUGCUGAGUUGGAGCCUUGCAAUAUUAUGUGGGAACAGAAGUUGCAGUGGGUGCUGCAACAGAGGGGUCAGAGAUUGUGCAUGUGCCCAUCCACUUUGGCAGAUGAGAAACAGUACAAUCCCUUCCUGUGGAGCCACACCCAGGAUCUCCACUGUGCUCUUGGCCUGCAGCAGAAGCAGAAUGAAGACUGGACUUCAUAUCGGGCCCAUGUUUUAGAGGAGCAGCGCAGACAAAAGGACAUUUAUAUGGGCCAAUAA